UUCGCACACCUCGAGCCAGCACCCGAGUCGGAUCCCGGAGAACCCGAGGCGAGCUCCCCGCGCAGCGUGCGGCGCCCCGAGCCCGGCCGGGCCGGCGAGCACAGCCGCUCACUCCCGGUUUCCCCCUGGUCUUCCACCACCUCCUCCUCCAGCCGCAGCUCCCGAUCCGGUUGCCCCAGAGACCGCGACGCCGCCGCGCCGAGGGACCAAUGAGAGCCCCGCUGCUGCCGCGGGGGCCCGUGGUGCUGUCGCUGCUGAUCCUGGGCUCAGCCCAUUAUGCUGCUGGAUCGGCCGCCAAUGACACCUACUCUGGAAAAGGGGAACCCUUUUCUGGGGACUACAGUGCUGAUGAAUUUGAAGUCACCUCAAGAAGUGAGGUUUCCCUCGUGAGUGAGGAGCCUUCUGAUAGUGAACUGUCCUCGGGGAGCGACUAUGACUAUGCAGAAGAGUAUGAUAUUGAGAGGCAAAUAUCUGGCUAUAUCAUAGAUGAUUCAGUCAGAGUUGAACAGGUAGUUAAACCCAAGGAAAACAAAACAGAAAGUGAAAAUACUACAGACAAACCCAAAAGAAAGAAAAAAGGACCGAAAAAUAGAAAAAAUCGAAAAAACAAAAAGAAAAAUCCAUGUGAUACAAAAUUUCAAAAUUUCUGCAUUCAUGGAGAAUGCAACUAUAUAGAGAAUCUGAAAACAGUAUCAUGCAAAUGUCAUCAGGAUUACUCUGGUGAACGGUGUGGGGAAAAGUCCAUGAAGACUCACAGCAUGGUUGAUGGUGACUUAUCAAAAAUUACGUUAGCAGUCAUAACUGCCUUUGUCUCAGCUGUGACCUUCGCUGUUGUUGCUGCUGUUAUUAUAAUCCAGCUUCGAAAGCGAUACUUCAGGGAAUAUGAAGGAGAAGCUGAAGAACAAAAGAAACUUCGACAAGAAAAUGGAAAUGCACACAUCAUAGCAUAAAUGAAGAUGAUAUUACAGCAUACAACGUAUGAAAUUCUUGCCCAUUGAUCAUCUAACCGAUUGCUACCCAGCCUCACCUGCACAUUGUCACGUGAGUUUUAAAUGACUACAUGCCCAGGCUCCCCCUUCUGACCUUCGGAUUUAAAGGAAUGGGGUGUGGGAUUUUGUUUUGUUUUUGCUUAAUUCCUUUGCCUUUUUCACCAAACCCCUCCCCUCUGACAGCUGUCAGUCUGUUUUCUGUACCUUUAAGUCUGUUUCCACUUUAUGUGUUUGUUUUGUUCAUCAGAUUUCUCAUUUAAGUGAAAUCAGUGUUAUUUGUCUUUCCAUGACUGGCUUAUUUCACUUAGCAUAAUACUCUCCAGGUCCAUCCAUACUGUUGCAAAAAGUCAAAUUUCCUUCUUCGUACAGGCCAAGUUGUAUUCCACUGUGUAAAUGUACCACAGCUUUUUUAUCCACUUACCUACUGAUGGGCACUUGGGCUGUUUCCAAAUCUUGGGUAUUAUAAAUAAUGCUGCAAUGAACAUAGUGGU